GUUUGUUUCAUAAUGUCGUUCAGUUCAUUACAUUCAUUUGAGAGGAUUGUAGGUGCUUCGAAGAUGAUGAAUUAUCAGAAUCGGAGAAAUCAUGAGAAAGUUGGGAAGAUAAAUAGUUACUCGAUGCGAUCUCUUUCGAGAGGUUCUGCUAAUCUAGAUCAGAGCCAGUUUAACUCGAGAAGCAAAGUCAACAUCUUGUAUUAUAAUCCAAAUAAGAAGAAAUCAAAGCUUAAUGCUGACAUUCCAGCUGCUCCUGCUAAAAAUGGACCAAAGUUUUCAAAACAGAAGAUAAUAGAGAAACUUGAAAAAGAGAACCCAGGCUCUGUAGAUAGAUCCCAGCAUCAAGGUGGAUUUGGAAGAUCUUUUAAUUUCAGAGAUGAGCUGAAAACAGAGAUUUCAAUAAUCAAAAAUCCAAAACCUAAAAAGAAAGCAAAGAAAAAGAAAAAUUUAGCAAAAUUUUUGAACAAUGAUGCAUUGUCUUCGAACCCUUUACCCCACCAAGCUCAUACCAAGAGUUCAAUUUCUCGUACAAAGCCACCUCGGCUUCCUCAAGAAACCUCAGGAAGUCCAGCCAAAGAGUUACUUCAUCUUAAUAAAAGCAAAUAAGAUAGAUCGUUCAAGAAGUGUUAGGCAUAAAAGAGGGUUUAGUACUCAAGAUGCCAGGAAUACUUCUUCAGCUACUAGAGAUAUAAGAAAUACUAAGAGCAAACUUUCAAAAAGCAGAAAUAGCUCUUAUAAGACAAGGCUUUUUCACAGACUCAUCAGUAGUAAAUCAAAGAAGAACUUAAAAGGCAUUCACGGAGAAAAUCUGGGAAGAGCAGAGAUGCUUAAUUACCUGUCCAAGCUUGAUUAUCAGGAUCUGUACGAUAGUGGGCCUGGAAGUAUCUUCAACACUACAAAGGGAUCAGCAAAGAAGGCCAUGCCACGCAAGAAGGCAAGGCCAGGAUCUCAUUCUCGUCAAACUUCUAAAUCUCGAACUAGCCUCAAUGGGGUAUGGAAUAGGCUCCACAGUGAGUCACAGUCUAAGAUAGAAGUUCUCUAUGAGAACCAUCUCAAGUCACUUCUUGAAAAGGAAUAUAAUGAGUUAAAAGAAUGCACAUUCAGACCUAAACUUAGGGAUUACAGAAACAUCAGCCUCAACUCUGGUGAUUCUUUCUAUGAAAGAUCCAAGCAAUGGAAAGGUCAGAAAGAAAAACGAAUGGCUAAGGAAAGAGAAGAGAAAAAGGAAGAAGAGCAUAAUUCAUGCUCCUUCCGACCACAAGUUGAUCCCAUGAGCAGAUUUAUUAAUAAUGAAGCCUCUAAGUGGAGGACUGAUGGCCAGCCUGGGAGCAUUGCAAAAGAAUUAUUCAAAAAUGUUCAUAUUUACAAUGAAACUUCGAUUAGAAAGCAUAUCGAAAGACAAUUGAUAGCUCAAUUUGAAAAAUUUGUAAAGGAUUCUAUACUUCAAGAUGGAAGGCCCCCUCAGAAAGAAAUUAAGAAACUUAUGAAAAGCUUGAGUACAAACAAGAUACUCCCACCAUAUGCUAAAGAGGUUAAAGAAAGAUCUAGGGAGAGAAAGAUAAACAGAAAAUUAUUUAAAAAGAAGAGAAAGCACAAAUCAAUAUCUGACCUCAGCAAAAGGCUUUAUAGACAAAAUAAUCUUCAGAAUUUGGAAAAUAUCGAGAAUGAGCCUCCCAAAUUUUCUUCCAAAUUAGAGAUAGAAAUACCAGAAACACCAGGUGAACAGAGUAGCUCAUCUAGCUCUUCGACUCCGACAGAAGAUGAAAACAUUCUUCAAGGAAAAGAAGAGUUGAAUGAGUUCUCUGGAAGACAUACUGAAGAAAAUCUUCAAAAUUUUAACUUAAAACUUCUCAGCAGGGGUCUAAAGAAAGAGCCAAGAGAGGAGAUUAAGCAACCAACUGGCUAUGAUGAGCUAAUAAGAGAUACUCUUAAGAACCCAACUAAGCAAAUAGUUGAGGGUUCAGCUGGCUUUAGUAGUAAAGAGAUGAGCUCAAUGUUGAGCAAUGAAGAAUUUUACAUCAAAGUCCCAGAAACUGAGAGAGGAACUAAUGAAAUUGUUACGGAUCGGAAUACUGAACAACAUGCGAAUAUAAAUAGCAAUCAAGAAGAUAAUUUGCUUGAAAACAUACACAGAGAAAUGGAUGAUACUCCAACAAAUUCCUACCACAAAUUCAAAGAGAUUCUUUCAAGUUACAAUGAGGCACCUAUAGAUCCUGGAGAUUCACCUCAGAUAAAGGAUUACGACUCUAGGGAGUCGAUGAACAACUUUCCUGAAGACUUUAACCAGUUUGUCCGGUUAGACGACUACAAAGACCUUGACUUGUAAU